AUGGAAUCCAAUCCCCCUUUCGCAACUUUCUUAAGGGGGGAUCCACCACAAUGCCAAAGCUUCGCCAUGCUGUGCCACCACAGCCCUAAGCAUCAUCAUCAUCCUCUCUCUUCACUCUCAUACUCGUACUGUACCUCCUCGGCGGCACGGGCACCGAUUCUUGUUCUGUUUUACCGCACUUUUGCUUUGUUUCGCGAUGUUUUGCUGGUUCAUGCUUCCUGUCUUUCGCGCCACCCUCAGGAGACGAGGCGAGAUUGGAGGAAGUGUGCGGGUUGUUUUGGAUCAUGUAAAUUAUGGCUUCGGGAGUUGAAGAUGUUGUGGAAAUGCCCCCGGCAAGGGUUGCAUGAUGCUCAACCCCCCCCUUGGCUUUUACUCGUACCGGUACAGUACAGUACUGUACUAUACUCGAGUACGGGUACAGUAACAUGAGGCUUCUAGAAGGUUUGGGGACGUAAGCGAGGGAAGGGUCUAUUUUUAUUCUUAUGUAAUUCUUAUUUUUAUUGGUCUUCUUUUUCCGGAAGGAAAGCGGGGAGGGUGAAUUUAAUGCAUUGUUCCCAAUUUUUUCCGGGCGUUUGAAACUCGGUUCCCGGUGCAGUGGUUCCUUCCUUCUUCUUUUUUCCCUCUGCAUAAUAUUAUUAUUGUCAGAAUCAAAGCCGUACGCGCGACGUCGGCCCUGGCGCUCUGGCGCUCUCACCUUACUGAUUCAUCCAUUACCAAUAGUCAAUCAAGGUCACAUUACAUCACUCGACUUUAAGGCUUUUCUUCUUCGGAUACGGUACCCCGAGACUCCCUCUCUCCGAGGGUCCACUUUCGGGAAUGAAUUCACCGUACCGUAUUGUGCGCGCAUGAAAGAAAGAUAGA